AUGCCUAUUUCACCACCUCCUCCGAGCACCGAGACGCACGAUGCCGUACAGUUGCACGAGCACAGCAAUGCCAAUCUUCUUAAGAUGGACACCCAUGACAAGUACUCCACCGUAGGCGCCAUCAAGAAACUCAUUGCAAAAACUCUGCCAGCUGAGCAGCGCGAGAUACAAGAGCAGCCGCUGCUCAAGGGACUUCUCCGCAUCAACAAGAACCCCAAGAAUCCAUACCUUUUCAUGGCCUUCGAGACCCCUGAGGACCGCGCGGUCGCUUCCACUCUGCUGCAGACUAUCUCCCACCGCGGCCGCCCUUGGAUGGAGGCGUCUGUCUCAUCACGAGACUUGGAGCUCACUCACAAGGGUGGUGUGAAGCGUCUGCGCGACGGCAACAACGGCAACGGGGGUAGUAAGCUGGCUCAGUACGAGCACCUUAGCAUGGAGGAACAACUGGACCGCAAGAAACGGCACUGCCUCAGCGUGAUGCGAGCAAUUCUGCCGUCCCACGGGUACGGCUACGCCGCCUUUCAAGAUCGCUUUCUCGGCAUCUUCACGAGCCCCCUGAGGGAGGGCUACCGCAACCACGUCAACCUGUCUUUUGGGUUUUGCGCAGACGGCACCACGUCGGCGCUGGGAUUCCAGGAAGGCUCUCUUGUGGAGGGCACAGCCGCCAUCCUCCCUGCCACGCUGCCCGGUAAGGACAUUGUGACGAUGAACACUGUCGCCAAGGUGGUGGCUGCAGCGCUGAUGAACGUGUGCGCGGAGUUCAGAAACGCCGCGAAGGGUGGCCUCGACGUUUUCGACAAGGUCAAGGCCAGUGGGUUCUGGCGCAAGCUGCAAGUGCGUCACAACGUAAAGGGCGAGGUGAUGAUGGACGUAGAGGUGGAUGCCGCCAGCACGACGGCAGAAGUGUGGGCAGCGGUGCGACGACGCCUCGUGGAAGUCUUCACAUCUGACGAGAUGCGUGUCAAGCUGGUUGUAGCGGCUGGACUGUCCACAGCAGCCGUGGUGAGUCUGCAGUGCCACACACACACGGGAAUCAGCUCCCUACCUUUCGACGUGCCGCGGGAGGUGCUGUUUGGCACACCCACCCUCACCGAAUACCUCGCCGGGCUGUGCUUCGAGCUCAGCCCAACAGCGUUCUUUCAGGUCAACACGCCAGGCAUGGAAACGAUGCUGACAAAGGUGACGGAAGUGGCUGAGUUGUCGACAGGCACAACGCUGUUGGACUUGUGCAGUGGCACUGGUACGAUUGGACUGACGCUCUCUAAGCACGUGAGGCGCGUUAUCGGAAUUGAGCUAGUGGAGUCGGCCGUUGCGAAUGCACGGCGGAACGCUCAGCAGAACGGCAUCGCCAACGCCGAGUUCCAUUGCGGACGGGUGGAGCACCUGCUCCCCUCCGUCAUCAGUGGCCUGCCUGCCGAGGACCGCGGCGACAUUGUGGUCAUCCUCGACCCGCCAAGGGCUGGAGUGAACAGUACAGUACUGAAGUGGAUUCGCGGCAUGGAGACAAUAAGGCGUGUAGUAUAUAUCUCCUGCGAGCAGAAGGCGCUGGAGCGGGACUGCCCUAGACUGACGAAGCCCAACACAAAAGCGUAUCGGGGGAACCCGUUCGAGGUCACUGCAGCCUUUGCUGUCGACCUUUUCCCACACACGCACCACGUGGAGAUGAUCGCGGUGCUUACACGUCGCCCAGAGAGUACUGGUGCUCCUUUAAGUGAAUCGGUACCAGCGCUGGUACCGGCACCGACAAGCGCUGAAAGCUCGGCUGAAGACGAGGAAGAGGCGGCCAUCGACGUGGACAAUGGCUGUGUCGAGUAG